UCCACAUCCCGUCAAACGUUCGUUUGAUCUGUGAAAUUCGUCGUUCCUCCCGUUCCUCUCGCGGUAUCGACGCGGUAUCACGCGUUACCUUGACAAAUUAUCUGGUAUUGUCCUCAUAAUGGACGACACCAGGCUGUACAAGUAUUACCGGACACCCGGACACGGCGCAAACUCGAUGAUAUACUGGUUCCUUACCACCGAUUACAGUCUCAGACGUUUCUUUAACUUGGGCGCUUACUGCGGAACGGUGACAUUCGUCACGUUCGUCUUCGUCGUGAUUAUAGCCGUAUGUUCGAUAGCAAGUUUGCACACGGUGAUGUCGAACGACACGCUCUUUCGCGAAUUGCUCGAAAAAGCGGAGAAGAAGUUACCGCGGAUGGAGAGCAUCGUUAGUAUCAUACCGCCGUACAAAUGUAUUCACAAGCAUCUGCAGCGAAUGAGUGUGUUUCAAGAGAAAACGAAGAAAAUGUUGUACAAAGAACAUCUGGAGCUGGAAAUAAUGAACAGCAAAAUGUCGUGCAUCGAGAAGCUAUUGAAGCCGGAGGAGCAAUCCGAAUGGCGUCGUUCCAGAUCACCGAAGGUGUAUUAUCGUCCCAUCAACGCGGAAACGUCGAAAUAGCGAGUAACGGCGCGGAACAGAACGUAC